AUGGAGCCCACUUCUUCUUCUUCUUCUCUUAGAUGGAAGAUCCUGCGCAAAGCGCUUCUCCGUAGAUCUGAUUCUGAAUCUCAAGCUGGGAUCAAUCGGAUUACAAGGAAAGCAACUAAAGGAUUCAACUUGAUUCCGUGUGAGGUGGUGGAUUCUCCUCCGGAAUCGGACAAUUCUCGGGAAGCAUGCGUCUGCUACACAAUUCCCAUUCCAAGUUCUCCGAAACUCUAUCUAACGCAAAGAGUGGAUAAUUGCAGUGAUCUCAAUGACUUUGAGAUUUCUAAUCGUUACAACAUUGAUAAUACAGGACUUGUUUGUCAGUGGCCUUCAGAAGAAGUUCUUGCAUACUUUUGCAAGUCUCAGCCAGAUCGUUUCAGAGGUAAGAAAGUAAUCGAGCUUGGAUCCGGGUAUGGAUUAGCCGGUUUAGUUAUUGCAGCUGCCACCGAGGCAUCAGAAGUGGUAAUCUCAGAUGGAAAUCCUCAAGUAGUCAAUUAUAUUAAGCGUAACAUAGAAUCCAACUCCAUGGCAUUUAGUAGCACAAGCGUGAAAGCCAUGGAGUUGCACUGGAAUCAGCCUGAUCUUUCAGAGUUUACCAACACUUUUGACCUCAUAGUUGCUAGCGAUUGUACCUUUUUCAAGGAAUUUCAUAACCAGCUUGCAAGAAUCAUCAAGAUGCUGCUUAAAGCCAAAGAACCCUCCGAGGCAUUGUUUUUCAGUCCUAAGAGAGGUGACUCUUUAGAGAUGUUCUUGAAGGAGAUUGAAGACAUUGGUUUACACUACGUUUUAACCGAAAACUACGAUGCACAAGUUUGGGAGUGCCAUGAGACGCUUGUGAAAGGAGACGAAUCUUGGCCUAACUAUGAGAAGAACCACUGCUACCCUUUACUGAUUCAAAUUACUAAUCAUCAUUAG